UUGUGUCAAAAAAUGUUAAUUGUCAUGAUUGUUCUCAAUCACACUGACAUAACUUCCAUAGAGGAAGCAGAGUCUGAGGACACAUAUACGGACAGUUCCAUCACUGUGGCUGAUGUAUCUGGGGUAGUCAAAAUGCUCCUCAGUGGCAAAGCUCUGGGGGUGGACGAGUUUCGCCUGGAAUUCUUCAAGGCUCUGGAUGUUGAGGGACUGUCUUGGCUGACACAUCUCUUCAACAUUGCGUGGAAGUCAGGAAAAGUACCUUUUGGAUUGGCAGACCGGGGUGGUGGUCCCCCUCUUUAAGAAGGGUGACCAGAGGGUUUGUUCCAACUAUAGGGGGAUCACACUACUCAGCCUCCCUGGGAAAGAGCUGAGGCAAAGCGCUCAAUUUACCGGUCGAUCUAUGUUCCCACCCUCACCUAUGGUCAUGAGCUUUGGGUCAUGACCGAAAUAAUGGGAUCGCGGAUACAAUCGGCUGAAAUGAGUUUCCUCCGUAGGGUGGCUGGACUCACCCUAAAUUAUAUGGUGAGGAGCUCGGUCAUCCGGGAGGGGCUCAGAGUAGAACCGCUUCUCCUCCACAUCGAGAGGAGCCAGUUGAGGUGGCUCGGGCAUCUAGUCCAGAUGCAUCUCGGACACCUCCCUGGUAAGGUGUUCCAGGUAUGCCCAGUCGGGAAAAGGCCCCAGGGCAGACCUAGGACACGCUGGAGGGAUUAUGUCUCACAGCUUGCCUGGGAAUGCCUUGGUGUCCUCCCGGUGGAGCUGGAGGAGGUGGCUGGGGACCGGGAAGUCUGGGCUUCCCUACUGAGACUGCUGCCCCCACAACCCUGAUAUGACCCUUUUUGGAUGAGAAGCUUCAAAGAAGGAAAAAUAUGGAGAUAGCCCUAAAAGUAUUUUUGUUUGCUUUUGUACACAUGACGUUUACAUCUUGGGAACAUACCUGUGCCUUUCAAACCAAAUUAAAGGUCCAAACAGAAACAUUACAGUCCAGAAAUUUGCCUACAUAAAGCGAAAAUAUAAGAAAAUAGUCCCAUCCAUCCUCUGGGUAUACAAGUGGACUCGUAGCAACUUAUCUCUAAGGUGUUUGAUUUGGAAUUCGGAAUUGGAAUGGAAUGGAACUCGGAAUUCCAAGUCAAAAGAUGAAGACUAGUGAGUAUACAAUAAAGUGCUGCGGUGUUGUCGACAUAUUGUACAAAGAAUAAUAGCAAUGAUUUUUCCCUUUCCCGUUUACAGUUCUGGCCCUUUGUCACAGUUGAAUUCUUCUUCCCACCGCUCCUCUGCCAUCGAAUAUUCCGCAGAGUAGCAAAAGAAGCCAUCGGGAGACCUCUGACGUGACCUGGUCUAGGUCGGGCUUCAUGUUUACCUCGCACCCGCUUGUGUGGCCGGAGCAGUUUGUGAAGUGGGUGGGCACUGUUACUGCCGCCGCUGCUGCUGAGAUGAACUCACAAAGUGCACACUGUCCAGACAGUCCAGUACACACCUAGUCCCACCCCCCCAACUUCUAACUUCCAUCUAACUCCUGUACUCUUCCCUUACUCCUCACUUUUUCAAUCGCAACAGCUCAAGGACGUCUGGAGACGCUGUCUUCUUGGGUCUUCCUGCCUCGCAGCCGCCAUGUUCCGUAGUGGCAACAGCAGUUGUACCUGCAGGAUCCUGCUCCUGGUUCUCCUUGGCCUCUUGGUGGUCUUUGUGCACUCAGAGACGGGUGCAGACCCACCCAGAGACAACCAGGACACCAUGUCCGGCGAGACCCCCGCUGACAUCGCCACCACCACUGCAUCCACUGCUAGGGAGCCGCUUCAUCACAUGACUGAGCAGACCUUCACUUUUGACUACGAGGAUGCCACGCACACCCUAGCUGUGGAGGAGGAGGAUGGGGUCCUGGGGCCGGGGGCCAUCACAGCUAUCGUCAUAGCUGUCUUCCUGGGAGCAUCCGUCCUCUUGGCACUAAUCGUCAUCACACUCAGGAAGUUCACAGCAUCCUAGAGUGUUUUUGUUGCAGAGUGUGUCUGAGUGCGUGAGAAUGUGUGUGUGUUUUGUUUCUUCAGGACGAAAUGGUGCUGUGGUCCCCCUAACUGAGGAAUGUCAAAAAUAUGUCCACAUUUUCCAUGUUAACACUUGCCGGGUCCCACUUUUGAUCUCUUAAAAACUGGCUGGUUCUUCCAGUGGAAAAUGCUUAUUAUGUCUUUAAAUAUAAUAUAUGUUUGUACACCAUUACCACCAGAGGACAAACUUAACAGUAAUUCCUGCUUCUUCCUACUUUUUUUUUAAUCCCCAGACAUGUUGAAGUGUAAAGGUGUAUUCCUCAAUAUAACCUGUUAAGCAUAGCAGAAACAAUAGUGUGUUUUUGUUUAAUUUACAGUAAUGGAAAUAUGUUUGGUGUUGGUGGGUAUUUAGGAAUGUAUUAUGUGUUUACCAUCACAUCUGCAUGUUGACAUCAUUAUGUCCACCUAUUUUGUAUUGUAAAUAGAUUUGCAGUCAAUAAAUGAAAUCCAAACAGAAAA